AUGGGAAACUCUCAAGGAAAACCGGUGUCUUACAACGAUGCGGUCAACCUCAACCACUUCCGCCUCCUUCGGGUUGUCGGUAAAGGUGCCUUUGGCAAAGUUCGCAUCGUCGAGAGGAAGGAUACUGGGCUGACGUUUGCCCUUAAGUAUAUCCGCAAGGAAGAGGUUGUUCGAUCGGAAAGUGUCAGGAAUAUCAUUCGUGAACGACGGAUGCUAGAACAUCUGAACCAUCCCUUCCUUUGCAAUUUGCGAUACAGCUUUCAGGAUAUGGAAUACAUCUACAUUGUGGUGGAUUUGAUGAAUGGCGGCGAUCUUCGGUUUCAUAUCUCACGCAAGUGUUUCACCGAGGAGGCCGUGCGGUUCUGGAUGGCAGAGCUUGGUUGUGCGUUGCGGUACAUUCACUCUCAAGGCAUUAUCCAUCGCGAUCUCAAGCCCGACAACGUGUUACUGGAUUCCGAGGGACAUGUUCACUUGGCUGACUUCAACGUGGCGUCUGAUUUCCGACCGGGUAAACCGCUGACUAGCAAGUCGGGCACUCUGGCUUACUUGGCCCCAGAAGUAUACGAGGGAGGUGGAUAUUACUUCGAGGUCGACUGGUGGUCGUUGGGUGUUACGUUCUACGAGUGCAUCUAUAACAAGCGACCGUUUGAAGGCCGAAGCCAGGACACUCUGAGUGAGAACAUCAAAAAAGCCCAACCGAAAUACUAUGUCACAAAUCCCGCUGUAUCGGUUCCGUGUCUUCGGGCUCUGUCAGCAUUGAUGGAACGAGACCGCAGCCGCCGAAUCGGUGCCAUCGGGUUCGAAACCUUCACCUCGCAUAUGUUCUUCGCCGAUAUCGACUUCGAUGCUCUCGAGCGCAAAGAGAUUCCUCCAGUUUUUCGACCGUCGAGUGACAAAACCAACUUCGAUGCGACUUAUGAUCUGGAGGAGUUGCUCCUUGAGGAGGCGCCCCUAGAGGCUCGAGCCCGCCGGCAGAAGCCCCGAGCGGAGCUCCGCGAGGAUGCAACUGCAAAGGAGAUCCGUGAAGAUGAACUUCAUCGUCUAAUCGAGACCAUGUUCGAGCCCUUCGACUAUACCCUGGUCAGCUACCAAGGCAAUGCGGCUGAUGCCAUUGCGGCCCAAGUCAAUCCUGAAGACUGCCUUCCCAUUGCCACCGCUACAACUACCGCCCAUUCCCGACAACUCUCUCAGCCUGAAUCAGCAGCCCGUAACUCAUCACCUCCACAGCAUGAGGGAACCUUCUAUCCGGUGCCUCAGCCCCAGUCCCAGCAUGAGAAUAUGACUGUAGUCAGCGAGAACCUUGAUCCGAACGAUUUUGUUGCUGGACCGCAGCCCCCUUCGCCCUCGACCCGCGCAUCUCCUUCACCCCCACCUUCUGCACCGCCUUUCCACCGGCCCCUCCCCCUGCACCGCGUCCUCGUGGUGCCACAAGAAAAAUGA